GACUUCUUUACCCCACCCAAGAAGAGGGAGAUUUUUACCCAAACGUUCGAUGAAAUUGAUUCAAAAAAUUCAAAAAAAAAAUUCAAAAGAUUUUGUCCCACAAGAUUCAUUGAAAGACAACAAUCGGUGAAGGUUUUCAUCGAGUUAUAUGAGGCAGAAGUCAUGUAAAUUACGAAACAUAUUAUGGUCAUUACAAGGGUCGAAUCAAGAUAAUGUCUAGAAGAAAGAAUAUUAUUCCUUUAAGCGAAUUUGGGCGGCAACCGUCGGAAACAUUAAAUUUGCCAUGUUUAGUUAAAUUAAUUGAUAUACCCAUCAAAUAUUUUGAUUCAUCAGUUUACAGGGACCCGCAUCUAUUCGCUAUAAUUGAAUCAUCGAUUCCUAUGUUUAAAGUGAAAACCGAAAGUAGGAUUUAUUCUUACGCAUCAGAAUAUUCUAAUUCUGAUCAAUACUAUUCAACAUCACCCGAACAUUAUUAUAAACGGCCUUUAACAUCAUCCCAUCUCCGUCAACUUAAAAAAAAUUCUAUAAUACCUUCUAAAUAUGAUAAAAACUCUAAAUAUGAAUAUAUAAAAAGGUGUACAGUUUCUGUGAACGAUUUUGAUGGUUGGUUUGAGUUGCUAUCGGAAGAUGAAAAAUCUGCUCCUGGUUAUUUCACAGUUAGAGAAUUGGCCGAAAAGUUCCCGGAUAAAUGCUUGGUGCGUUCUAAAAUUCAGGCCUACAAAAUGUUUAAAAGUUCGGAAAAAAUAAAUGAUGCGAAUAAUAAUUUUAUCGAACCACCUUACCCGAAGGUAAAGAUUUUAACUAAGAUAUUUAAAGAAGGCGAAGUUUUAAAACUUGUUUCAAAGCACACACUAUCUUCUUUGACUCAACAACUUAAAUCUUACAAAGGUUUUAUCACUACAUCACAAGCUUUUUCACAGUUAGAUCAUAAUUAUUUGAAAUGCAUCGAUUUGAAAGGCAAUCCAUGGUAUCUACCUUUCAGUUCGAUGGGGCACUUUAGUCCCCUAGCUAAACGCGAAAAUAUAUCGGGAGUACAUUUGAUUAAAGAUAUGAUAUACAAAUUUCAUUUACCUAUCAAAGUCAAGUUGGUCCAUUACCCAAGAAAAGUACAAAACCGGAUAGAGCAAGAUUAUGAGACUAUUGAAAGGAAAGAUUAUAGUGAGAUAAAUAAACAUUUUCCUGAAGGUACUGUGUUAAGACUGUUAUCCUUGAAAAGGGAAUAUGAAUUUAAUCUCUAUCUAUUGGGUUCUGAUUCUAUCAAACGUGUUAAGAUUCCACAUUCGUGCGCCAUGCAAACCCUGAUAAUGCCUGAUAUCGAUUUAAAGAAGAAAGAUAUUAUAAUGAGCUUAAGCCCCACACUUUGGACGUGCCUGGAAAUUUUAUAUCACGUAAAUCGCGAAAAUUUGCUAGAUACCACUCAACAAUUGAAUAUCACUACUACCGAAAGUUUUGAACUAUAUAAGGAGUUACCCAUGUCAAAUUACGACAUCAAUUCUAAUAAUAAAAAAUUGCAUCAUCAAAUCAAUAUAAAUGACCGAUCAUUUUCCAAUCCUGAGAAUAUCCUUCCAGACUUGUGUCUUAAAAAUAAAAAUAAGUUUAACUCAAAGGACAAUAUAUCACCCCAAAUAAAGAGCAAUAACCCAUUCUUGAUGUCAACUAUAAACAGCAGAUGCAAGAAAAAAUUAUUAAACAUUAACAUUAAUCCCAGAUGGUCAGUCUCUGACAUCAAAUAUAAUCCAAUGUCUUUUGAUAAGAAGACCUAUAGUAAUAACAAUAAAAAUGAUACAUUCAAUGUCACGGUAGGUUCGUCAAAUUUUAACUGUUCCGAUCUAUCAUACAACCGUAGUAUCCAUUCCGACGAAACUCAUGACAGACACGGUGCUUUUAAUAGAUCAUAUCUGACUGGAAUGAGUGAAAAAUCUAAUGUACAGACAUUUAUCCAAAAUAUUGACGCUGAUUACAAUAUAGCUAAACAUUUAUGCCUCUUGAUCGAGGAGUUGGUAGCGAAUGAUAAAUUGGAUAAAGCUUUCACAAAAAGUUUCCAUAGGAAUUAUGACAUCAAAAUUGAACCCGCAAAAGCAACUUUGAAUGAAAGUGUAUCGUCAACUAUUACAACGAGGGAUGAGCUGCAGCAAUAUAUAAUAGAAAAUCAAACAAAUUACGAAAUGAAUAAUAAAUCGUUUAUGCACAGGCUUAAGAUAUGGUUAAAUAAUUAUCUUAACAUUAUCGAUUGUAACUACAGCAGUAAAAACUAUUCCGAUAAAUAUUAUUAAGUAAAUUUUUUGAAAUGUUUGAUUAUGUUGUGUUAACCUAUG